AUGGUUUUACCCCACUUAUGUUGGCCUCCUUUUGCGGCGGUGGCAUGGAGACUGAUCUGGCUGAGGAAGAGGAAGCAGAUGACUCUUCUGCCAACAUUAUCUCAGACCUUAUCUGCCAGGGGGCUAACUUGAGUGCCCAAACAGACCGCACAGGGGAGACUGCGCUACAUUUGGCUGCUAGGUAUGCCCGGGCGGAUGCUGCCAAACGCUUGCUCGAUGCUGGUGCCGACACCAAUGCUCAAGAUAACACAGGACGUACCCCACUUCAUGCUGCUGUGACUGCUGAUGCCCAAGGAGUCUUUCAGAUCCUGAUCCGGAAUCGAUCUACAGAUUUAGAUGCUCGAAUGGGAGAUGGUUCAACUGCACUGAUCCUGGCAGCAAGGUUAGCUGUUGAAGGCAUGGUGGAAGAAUUGAUCGCCUGUCAUGCUGAUGUCAAUGCCGUGGAUGAAUUGGGAAAAUCAGCCCUGCAUUGGGCAGCAGCUGUCAAUAAUGUAGAGGCUACAAUUGCUCUACUGAAGAAUGGGGCCAACAAGGAUAUGCAGGACAGUAAGGAGGAAACCCCACUGUUUCUAGCAGCUCGGGAGGGCAGUUAUGAGGCAGCCAAGAUUCUACUGGAUCACUUUGCCAACCGUGAGAUCACUGACCAUAUGGAUCGACUGCCACGUGAUGUGGCUCAGGAGCGCUUGCACCACGAUAUUGUUCGACUUUUGGAUGACUACAACACUGUGCGCAGCCCACAGGGAGUCCUGCCUGCUGGUCACUCUCUCUCCCCUCUCAUGUGCCCUCCCAAUAGCUUCUUACCUAGCCUGAAGCCCACUCCACAGGGCAAGAAGAGCCGUCGGCCCAGCACAAAGAAUGUGACAGCAGGAAGCAGUGCCAGCCUGGCACGGGAGAGCAAAGAGGCCAAGGCGCGUGCCAAAAAGCUCAAUUUGGAGUGUCAAGGCUCUCUCCUGGAGAGCUCUGUCACCCUGUCUCCAGUCGACUCAUUGGACUCUCCCUAUGUGCCUAACCCUGCCUCACCUGGGGUCUUUCACACUGCCAAUGCCUCGAUGUCAGUGCCCUCUACCCCUAUGGUCCAUGGCAUGAUGGACCCACCCUUUGCUGUCAGCCUGGCACGCCUUAGUGACCUAGGAGAUGGCACUCUGCUUUCCAUGAACCGCCUCUCUGUGCCACCUGGCCGCAUGGGGCUGAGUCUGGGCAUGGUGAGCCCUGUGGCCAUGCCUUUUGAGUGGCGUGCCCGUGUUCCCACUUCUCAGUGCCAACCCAUCAUAGGGGUAGUCCACCCUGCUGCUUCCCAUCCCAAUCUGCACCAGUCUGGCCAAGCUUUCCCACCAGGAUUGCUUCUGCCCAGCCACAUGGCUAUGGGGCACAGCUCUCAGGGCUUGCCCAACCCAGCUCCAGCCCAGGCCAAGGAAGCUCCCCAGCCAAUGCCUCCGCCACCAGCUGCUGUGCGCAGUAACCAACCUGUCUCACCCCAAGAGGGCCAGGGUCAGGUGGCACCACCACGCGGAGGGCCCCCACCAUACCUGAAGGCAGCAGGGGUAGAAGAUUAUCCAACCCCACCAUCGCAGCACAGUUAUACGCAGGGGCAGGACGCAACACCCAAGCACUUCCUUCACCCUCCCAGUGAGCACCCCUAUCUGACUCCUUCGCCAGAAUCCCCAGAGCAAUGGAGUAGUCCCUCGCCACAUUCCUUAUCUGACUGGUCUGAAUCCACACCCAGCCCAACUGUAUUAGGGCCAAGCCACACCCAGCUUCCUUCGGCAGAGCCCUCCGCUAAAAUGCAGGUGUUUGCAUGAGGCACUUGUUGUGAAACACAUCCCAGAGGCCUAGGUCCCUCUGUGGCCCCCAUUGGGGCCUGUGCCAGCCUUGGGGUUCUCAUUCCCCCAUAAUUGUGUUUUUAUAAGAAAAAACUAAAGUGUAAAAAGUUUUUUUUAAAAAAAAUGCCUGAUGGAGGAGAGGAAAGGAUGGCCUCAUCAUUCCCACACUGCCAUGGAGCUCAGGACAGCCCUUUCUUCCCCUCCCAUGUUGUCUCAUCAACUAGUUUUUGGGGAACCUUUUUUUUUUACAAGAGAUCUUUUUGUAUAAACCUUUCAUUUAACUCUUAAGCUUUUUUAUUUUUUUUUUACAAUGUAUUCAGUAUCAGAUCCUGUUGCGUGCCACUCUUCUUCCUCCGGGUCUAGGGCUGUAAGGAAGGGAGAGAAUUGUAUCCCUUGUGUUCUUCCUUGGAAUGGUUUUGUCUUUCGGGCUGAGCAGCCACCUCCCCUCCCAGCAUGUUGGGACGGGACUCUGCUCAAGGUAUUUGUGUACUGGGUACGCAGCAUUAGCUCACUGGCACUGCCGUCCAGAGGAUCGAGUCACAAUCUUGCCUCUGUCACACAGGGAUCUAAGCCCCACAGCUCCAUCCUCAAACUUGGCACUUCGUCACAUUCCAGGUUAAUUUAUUCAUCUUAAAUCCUGCUGCACUCCCCAUCUUCCAGUCCCCACUCCACCUCCUGAGUUCUUUCUCCUAAUGCUAGCAAUAGUCCUGGCGACUUUCUAGUCUCCAGAGUAUUUUGAGCCACUCUGUAUUUUUAUACCUGACCCUCUUUUGUCACCCCUGGAUCUUAUCUAAGGCUGCCUUUGACCAAUCAAUGUCACAUGUUUUGCCCCUGUGGUACUAUAGGAUCUUGAGGCAAUCACAGAUACAAGGGCUUCACUUUGGCAUAAAAGGUACUAAGUUAGUAUAAAAUACUUUUGUUUCUCGUGAAGACUUUUGGCCCAGCAGUCUGCUAUCUAUUUUGCUUUGUAUACCCUACCUCCUUGUACCCUGUACAUUCCAGUUAUUCCUGGCUGUAAAUAUUGCUGGUGGGAGUAGUGGCAGGCAGGAUCUUGUUCCCCUGGGCAACCACUGCUUUCUGCUUCCUUCUCCCUUUCCAUGCUAUGUAGCAUAGUGGGGUAACGGCUCUGCCACUUGCCCCCCCCCCCCACCUUGCCACCAUAGGACCAUUUCUAGCUCAUUUUGAAACUUUUUUUAAAAAAAAAAAUCCAGUGUAAAACAAGUAGCUUUAAAGCAGCUGGGUGCUUUCUGUACAGAACGGCUUAAGCCGUGGCAUAAUAAACAUAGCUAAUAAGGAAACUGCCUUCCCUUCCUCUGUGUCUUUUAUUUUUCAUUGUUUAUUUAGACUGUGUAACAAUACAUUAAAGAAUGUACAAAUGUUCCACUAA